AUGGAGGGCGCGAUCCUCGCCCGGGAGCUGGCGCACACCGUGCUGCUGCUGCUGCUGCUGCUGCUGAGCCUCUUACCCGCAGGUGGUGCACUGUCCCAUGUAGAAUCUAUACGGGUUAUGAAUAAAGGGGAGGAAUUAAGGCUGACAUGCAACGAGGAGGGACCCGUGACUUGGAAUUUCCAGAGCUCGGACCCAUCAGCAAAAGCAAGGAGUUCCAGUGAGAAAGAGUGGUACACUAAAAAUGCAACAGUCAGAGACAUAGGCAGAUACACAUGCAGUAGCAAAGGGAGUAUUGUCUCCUCCUAUUAUGUUUUUGUUAAAGAUCCAAAUGUGCUCUUCCUUGUUGAUUCUCUGAUCUAUGGAAAAGAAGACAGUGACAUCCUGCUAGUGUGCCCACUAACAGACCCAAAUGUUACGAAUUUCACACUGAAAAAAUGUGAUGGCAAACAUCUCCCCAAAAAUAUGACGUUCAUUCCCAAUCCCCAGAAAGGCAUUGUUAUAAAGAACGUACAGAGGUCGUUCAAGGGCUGCUACCAGUGCUUGGCCAAGCACAAUGGAGUUGAGAAGAUAUCAGAGAAGAUUUUCUUGAAUGUGAGACCAGUUCACAAAACUCUUCCUGUCAUCACCUUAUCAAAAAGCUAUGAACUUCUCAAAGAAGGGGAAGAAUUUGAAGUUACAUGCAUAAUCACAGAUGUGGAUAGCAGUGUACAAGCUAGUUGGAUUUCUCACAAAAGUGGGAUUGUUACAAGCAAAAGCAGAAAUUUGGGUGAUUAUGGAUACGAAAGGAAAUUAACAUUGAACAUCCGUUCAGUGGGAGUUAAUGAUUCUGGAGAAUUCACAUGCCAAGCAGAAAACUCUUUUGGAAAAACCAAUGCCACAGUAACCUUGAAAGCUCUAGCUAAAGGAUUUGUCCGUUUGUUUGCAACAAUGAAUACCACAAUAGAUAUAAAUGCAGGACAAAAUGGAAACUUAACAGUUGAAUAUGAGGCAUAUCCAAAACCAAAGGAAGAAGUCUGGAUGUACAUGAACGAAACAUUACAGAAUUCCUCAGACCAUGAUGUCAAGUUCAAGACUGUGGGCAAUAACAGUUACACAAGUGAACUUCACCUUACACGACUAAAAGGAACAGAAGGAGGCAUUUACACAUUUUUUGUGUCCAACUCUGAUGCCAGCUCCUCUGUAACAUUUAAUGUCUAUGUGAAAACAAAACCUGAGAUUCUCACUCUGGAUAUACUUAGCAAUGGUGUUCUCCAGUGUGUAGCAGCUGGAUUCCCAGCCCCUACCAUAUACUGGUAUUUUUGCCCAGGAACUGAGCAGAGGUGUUUUGAUUCACCAACAAUAUCCCCCAUGGAUGUCAAAAUUGGUUACACAAAUUCAUCAGCACCAUCAUUUGAACGAAUCCUGGUUGAAAGCACCAUUAACGCCAGCAUGUUCCGGAGCACCGGCACCGUGUGCUGUGAGGCCUCCAGCAACGGGGACAGAAGCUCUGCUUUCUUCAACUUUGCUAUUAAAGAGCAAAUCCGUACACAUACCCUUUUCACUCCUUUACUAACUGCAUUUGGAGUUGCUGCAGGACUGAUGUGCAUCAUAGUCAUGAUCCUGGUGUACAUAUAUUUGCAGAAACCCAAGUAUGAAGUUCAGUGGAAAGUUGUUGAAGAAAUAAAUGGAAACAACUAUGUUUACAUAGAUCCAACACAACUUCCUUAUGAUCACAAAUGGGAAUUUCCUAGAAACCGUUUGAGUUUUGGUAAAACCCUUGGCGCUGGAGCUUUUGGGAAAGUUGUUGAAGCCACUGCUUAUGGUUUAUUUAAGUCUGAUGCUGCUAUGACAGUAGCAGUAAAGAUGUUGAAAACAAGUGCCCAUUUAACGGAGAGAGAAGCCUUGAUGUCAGAGCUCAAAGUGCUGAGUUACCUUGGAAACCACAUUAAUAUUGUGAAUCUGCUUGGAGCUUGCACUAUUGGAGGUCCCACUCUGGUCAUUACAGAAUAUUGCUGUUAUGGUGAUCUUUUAAAUUUUCUGAGACGGAAACGAGAUUCAUUUAUUUGUCCAAAACAUGAAGAACACGCAGAUGCAGCUGUUUAUGAGAACCUUUUGCAUCAGUCAGAGCCUGCAGCUGAUGUUGCCAAUGAGUACAUGGAUAUGAAACCAGGAGUAUCAUAUGCAGUCCCACCAAAGGCUGACAAAAAACGACCAGUGAAGUCUGGAUCCUACAAUGAUCAGGAUGUUACCCUUUCUAUGCCGGAAGAUGAUGAACUUGCUUUAGAUGUAGAAGAUCUGCUAAGCUUUUCUUACCAGGUGGCAAAGGGCAUGAGUUUCCUUGCCUCCAAAAAUUGCAUUCAUAGGGAUCUGGCCGCAAGAAAUAUUCUUCUAACUCAUGGUCGAAUUACAAAAAUCUGUGACUUUGGCCUGGCAAGAGAUAUAAGGAAUGACUCAAAUUACGUGGUCAAAGGAAAUGCUCGUCUUCCUGUGAAGUGGAUGGCACCUGAAAGUAUUUUCAAUUGCGUCUACACCUUUGAGAGUGACGUCUGGUCUUACGGGAUAUUGCUUUGGGAGCUCUUUUCUUUAGGAAGCAGCCCCUAUCCAGGGAUACCUGUGGACUCCAAGUUCUAUAAAAUGAUCAAAGAGGGAUACAGGAUGUUCAGCCCUGAGUGUGCACCGCCUGAAAUGUAUGACAUAAUGAAGAGUUGCUGGGAUGCUGAUCCCUUACAGAGACCGACUUUUAAACAAAUUGUACAGAUGAUAGAGCAGCAGCUUUCAGAUAAUGCCCCCCGGGUUUAUGCCAACUUCUCAACCCCACCUUCUAGUCAAGGAAAUGCUCCAGAUCACUCGGUGAGGAUUAACUCGGUGGGCAGCAGUGCUUCCUCUACUCAGCCUCUCCUGGUACGCGAAGAUGUUUGAGUGGCACGUGAAGAAGAGGAGAUCAGACGUGUUAGCUGUUUGUAUUGUGCAGGGGCUGAGAGAGGGACAACUUCAGUAAUUUCUCUUUCUUUUACUCCUACUACCACUGUGUAGCUGAAACGUUGUUGUAAUACUGUCCUUUACCAUGCACUGUUAUACAUAAACUUAAUCUGCUGAGCACGGUUACAGGCAUCAUUGCAGUGUUAAUUGAAGCUGUAUAUAUUUCGCUAUAUUGUGUGUAUUUGCAGUAGAGAGCCAGAUGUGAAGGAAAAAAAAAAAAAACAACCAACAAAAGAAA